AUGAUAGUUGGAAAAAGAGAUCAUCACCAAAGAUUGGAAAUGGCAAAACCGUUGAGAUCAUUGAUUGAUAAAUUAACUGCAUGUGACAUCAAUGAGUUACCUCAGUAUUUACAGGAAAAUCUCGUAUGGCAAAGACCUAGAGGCGAUUUAUUUCAUUGGAUACCACUUUUGAAUCGAUUUGACGAGAUUUUUGAGCAGAAAAUUGAAAAAUAUGGCUUGGAUAAAGAGUAUGUUAAAUUACUGUUGGUGUCAUCUGAAGAUGAACAUCUUAUUGUUUCUUGUCUUCGCUUCACUUAUAUAUUAUUAGACCAUUGUUUUGAUAAACAGGUUUAUUCAAGUAGUGAAAGAAUCUAUGCAUUGAUCAAUUCGUCAUCUUUGGAAAUUAGAUUAAGGGCAUUGGAAGUGGGAAUUGUCCUUGCUGAAAAAUUUGUUCAAACAACUUCGUCAAGAUUUUCUGCACCUAAACCAGCUAGAAACAAAAUUUUGGAAAUUGCUAAAGCUUUUCCUCCAUUAGUUCCUAUUGAUAGUGCUCUAAAGCAAUUAGCAGAAAAUAAUAAUAAUAAUAAUAAUAACCGCGGUGAUAAUGAUGAAAAACCUAGUAUUAUUGGCGAUCAUUAUAAUUUCGUCUACACUUUGGAUCCAGAGAAAAAAUAUCCAAGCAAAUGGAAAAGCAUAAAUUACCAGUACUAUAAAUCAAUACCCAAUACUGUGACUUUGAAUAAAAAUACAUCGAAACUGAAAGCUAACGAUAAAAAGAAGGAGGAUACAGUGACUGAAGGAUUACACAUAUUUCAUUUACCUGAAGAGUCAGUGAGAAAGUUGACUGUACAACAAUUGUUUGAAAAAGGUAUGGAAGUCUUACCUCCAGAAUCUUGGUUUCGGUUUGGUAUACACGCUCAAGUGACUAAAGCAUUCAACUCUACUAGCACUGACGCAAUGCAAUUGAGAGAAAAAUUAAUUCAAAUUAAAUGUCUAGCAGUCGGGUUCACUUGCUGUAUGUUAUCAUCUCAGGUCACUUCAACAAAAUUAUUUGAAACUGAACCAUAUAUCUUUAGCUUUUUAGUCGAAGCAAUACUGCCAGAAAACUCAUCCUUGGUUUCAAGAAAUGUUUACUUUGCUGCCAUAAGAGCUCUAGAGUGCAUAUCUUUCAAAAAAGUUUGGGGAGCAGAAUUGAUUCGUACAAUGGGAGGUAAUGUUAGUCAUGGGAUCCUAUUUCAAUGUCUAAGACAUAUUUGGAAAAUGGUCAAAGAUCAGAAUGAAGAUUAUUUUGAAGAAGGGUACAUUCAUUUUUUCAACUUGAUAGGAAAUUUGAUUAGCAACAAGAGCUUAGUUCCUAGACUAACUGCCGGGGGUAUUCUUGAUGAUUUGAUGCCCUUUUUGAAUUUACCAACCAAGUAUCGUUGGAGUUGUUCUGCUGCAGUUCAUUUGAUUACCAUGUACCUAGCUUCAGCAAAGGAUUCUCUUGAUGAAUUUGUCGCUAAUGAUGGUUUCAACUUGUUGAUCUGCAACAUUAGACGUGAAGUUGAUUUUGCAUUAGAGAACCCUGAUUUUGGCGGUGGGGCGCCAAAAGAUGCUACUGUCUACUAUUCAAUUACUUUGAGACAAGCAAAUUAUAUUCGCAAUUUGAUGAAACUAGUUGCAGAUCUUAUACAAUCAGAUCUGGGCGAUAGAUUGAGAAAUUUGUUUGACUCGCCAUUACUUGAAAGUUUCAAUAAAAUAUUGACACAUCCCCAUGUCUUUGGUCCAUUGAUUUUGGCCGCCACAAUUGAUUCGGUUUUCUUCAUUAUUCAUAACGAACCAACAGCCUUUUCUAUUCUAAAUGAAGCAAAAGUUAUUGACACCAUAUUGGAUAAUUAUGAACGUUUGUUUUUACCAUCUGGUCCCCUACUCCUGAUAUUGCCCGAAGUAUUAGGGGCUAUUUGUUUGAAUAAUGAAGGAUUGAAUAAAGUAAAAGAGAAAAAACUCAUACAGAUUUUUUUCAAGUCAUUUUACAACUUAGACAAUGCCAAAGAAUUGGUUAGAACAGAGCUGUCAACUAAUAUAGGCUGUUCACUUGAUGAAUUGGGAAGACAUUAUACGUCCCUAAAACCAAUAAUUUUGCAACAACUUCAGAAGCUAAUUGAGAGUAUGAGCGAAUAUGUCAAUCAACGCUUACCAGGUAUUGAAUUUUAUACGUCGGACUCGGGUACAUUGUUUUCAGGUAAGGAGGAUGACUCGCCAGUUAAAGUUGAAAACGGUAAAGAGAUAACUAGCUGGGAGAAUGAGGACUCUGCAUAUUUGCUUGAUAAUGUCUUCAACUUUCUUGGUGGGUUAUUACAAGAUAGUGGUCAAUGGGGCACAGAAGUUAUUCAAAAAAUGAGCUUUAAAUCGUGGAUUAAAUUGUUGACAUUGCGUAAUGCACCAUGGGAUUAUUCAAUGUCAAAUGGUAUUGUUUCAUUCAUGGGAAUCUUGAAGUAUUUCGAUGACGAAAAAAGAGAAUAUGGUUUACCUGUUAUUGUUGAAGAAUUGGACAAGACCCUCAGAUUGGAUUCCGUAUUAUCCUAUAUCAAAUUCAAGGGAGAAGUGUCGUAUUUUGAGACAAUUGAACCUGGAGAAGCCACCAUCCUUAUGCAAAAUUUGAAUAUAAUUAAUGUCUUGUUGUAUGCCUUAACUGAAAUCUACAUAAAUUUGGGGCUGUUAUUCAAUGAAAGAUUAGGUCAAAUAGUUAGUCUUUUUUCGAAUUCAGAAUUGUUAAUCAAUUUGGUCGCAUUAUUGGAGAGGUCUAUAAUUGAAGAAACAAUUAUUGCAUCAAAUACACCAGAUGAAGUGUUGAAGAUGACCCACAAUUUCCCAAACGAUAGCCCACCUUUGCAAAUAAACGUCUGUGACCCUUUGGAAAUAAAACCUGAUACCAAAGGUACAAGUGCUAAGUUCAAGAAUACUUUGCAGUUGAGAACUGGAAGCUAUUACUUUCGUGGCUACAUACCGUUACUUUUAGCUUGUGUGGUGAGAUCUUGUAUACCAAAAAGACAAGAUCAUUCAGAGGGACAAGCCAGACAGGAUGCGGUGGAAAUUCUUUUAUUAUUGGGGAGAGGAUUAACAGAUUCCAUUGGUAGAAAAUUUAACAAUUCCUACUACGAGGAAAGUUUUAUUUUGAAUAUUGCUUAUAUUGCUCUUUACAUGUUGAAUCAGAAAGAACGCAGCAAGGAUCAGGUGUACACUCCCUUUGCUGUUUCCCUUUUGCAAAAUGGGUUUUUCCAAGUUGCUGAAACCACUUGCAUUUCAUUGUGGAACAAAUUAUUGAGCAUAGACCCCGAAUUAGCUUCAGCAACGGCAGACUUGAAAUACAUCAGUACCCAAGAGAGCAGUAUUAUUAAAAAUGCAUUAGGUCAAAUUCUAAUGAUCUUUGCUAAAACUGUGAAUCAGGAUAAUAUCCCCAAUAUGCCAUUUGCCAAGUUUUACUUUUACCAAGGAUAUGAAACUAACAUAGAACUGUCUUUGACUUCGGCAUUGUUGUUGCAAAUCAGAAGCGUGGCUUUAUCAUUAGUUGAGAAUACUGUUGGUUCGAAAUCUCAGUUAACAGGCACAGAUAAGCAUCCAGAAAACAUCCCAAAUCCAUUAAUUGAACAAAUAGCCGUUAUCAUUAAAGAUAUAUUUCUUGGUAAGAAGGAACUAAGUAAUAGUGAAUUCAUUCCAUUUGAUUCAAGAAACAUUAGUCCACCCCUGGAUCAAUUUGCAUAUUUGAUUUCACUUGGCAUGUCGGAAGAUCAAGCAGCACACUUUUUUGAACAUGGAUCAAAUUUGAGUGACAUUGCUUCUGGGAAAUUUCUCAGGUGUAUUGAAAUUGAGCUAAAAGAAGAGCAAUGGCAAUCAAUUGCUGAAUCUAUCAGAAAUGAUAAAAUUGAUUUUUCCAUCGACUUUGAGAAAUUCAAGCCUGCGCAAGAUAUUUUGGAAGAAAGAAAAUCUACUGACUUUGUAAACAUAUGGAUCAACAUUGCGAAAAUGUUUCCCAAAGCUCUUCCGUUGAUUUCAGAAUUUAUGAUAUUGGUUUCUUAUAAAGAGCUUUACGAUCGAGUAUUGUAUUAUAUUCCCAAGAUUAAAUGGCCAGUUGAAGAUAAAGAGUUGUUUGGGAUCAAUUUGUACAUCAUGGCACUCUUACUUCGAACUGGCAGGCCAAAUAUUCAUAGACAUAAUAUAAUGCAGCAUUCUCAAAAUUUGAUUAGUCCUGAUAUUAUUAGUAAUGAAAGGAUGAGUGAAACCUUCUUUCCAAAUUUAUUAUUGGUAUUAGAACGAAUGAUUAUUAUCUUGGAGGAACCUGACAAUGAAACUGCCCCUGACUUGCCUUUUACAGUACAGAAGAAGAUGGAAUUUGAAGCAGCGACGAAGGAAACUAAAGCUAAAACUUUUGAUUUGCUAAUGAAGCUUGAACUUAAAAAUCAUUUGGAGUCUGUGAAUAGUAUUGCACGUAUCCUUGUGUUGUAUGCCAAAGAUAAACGCUAUGCGGAUAGAAUUGCUGGAUCACAAAUUCUUAAAGAUUUACUCAAGUUGGUUGGUUCAAACAUUAAGGAGAAAGCUAUUGCUGAACCAUUGAAAACUAGUGUUGUGUUGAUCUUCCGUUUCUGCUUCGAGACAAGCAAGAUAGCAGAGAACAUCAUGAAUAUUGAAUUGACUACAUUGUUUAAUAACCCUAUCCGUCAAGUUAAAGAUCUUCACACUUGUUUGAGGGAUUGUGCUCCUUCGGUGUUUCGAGACCUUGAUAUGUCUAUUGGAGUUAUUUGCAAUCACAUUUUGCUCGAUGGAUAUACAGCCGACGACUUCACUUAUCUGAGCAGAAUUCCAAUAAGGAAGAGGAAGAAUGAUGAGUUAGUGCAAGAUGUUGAAAUGAGCGAACCUGGUGAGUCGAAACCAUUGGUUUUUACUUCAAUCAUAAACCAGCUUUUAGCUGAAUUGAUGAGUGCUGUCAAAACGGAUUGGUUAUCUGAUCCAUCUACUGUUGAAGAGAAAAAAGAUACGAAGAAAGUAACUACUAAUUUAUUUGCUAAUGAGAAAUUUGCGUAUAUGCAUUUCCUUCUUCAAACAAUAACAGAGUUGGUAGGUUCAUAUAAACAAGCCAAGUUGGAGUUUUUAACAUUUUCAAAAAAGACUCAAGAAGAAGUCAAACCAAGAGCAACGGCAUUAAACUUUUUUAUUCAUCAAUUGAUACCUACUCAUCUGUUGGAAUCAUCGUCAGGGCCAGAAUUUGAAAGGCGUUGUGCUAUUUCGUCUAUUGCAAAAAUGUGUCUUUUCAGUUUGGUUUCUUCGACAACUUCAGGUGACGACGACAGUUCCAAGACGGAUAAAGAAGAUGUUGAUUUGGCAUUAAUUAGAAGAUUUGUUGUCGAUUUGAUAAUGAAGAUCUUAAAGGAUGUUUCUCAAAUGAACACUUCAGGUUUAAUUAAAUAUGGGAAAUUGUUGGAUUUGUUUGAGUUAAGCGGUCUGUUAAUUUCGACUAAAUUCAGAGACACAGUUGGUCCAUUAUUGUAUAAACAGGCAACUCAAUACGACCAAUAUCACCUUACCAAAAUAUAUGUUGAAAAACAGGUACCCAAUUUAUUGACCAAUUUAAUUGCUGAGUUUGAUUUGAAUUUCCCUCAAAUUGAUAAGGUAGUUAAGGCCGCUUUGAAGCCAAUGACAUUCUUGGGGAAAAAUAAGGUUGAAUAUAAGGAACUUUUUGCUGGCGACACGAAUCAAGGUGAUCACAAUGAUGAGGACGAUAAUUUGCCAGAGGACGUUGACUACCAUGAGGAAACUCCCGACUUGUUUAGAAACUCCACUUUGGGGAUGUAUGAUGUUGAGAGUGAGGGUGACGAUGAGUUUUAUGAUGCUGAAGAUCCUGUUGAUGCCAUGAUGACUGGUGAGGAUUUGUCAGAUGCUAGUGAUGAUGAUGACGACGACGACAAUGAUGGUGAUGAUGAUGAAGAUGUUGACGAUAUGUCUUCUGAACUUUCUGCCAUUGAUUCAGACUUGGAUGGAGAUGAUAAUGCUGAUGAUAUAGAAAUGGAGAUAGAAGUUGAUCCGUUUGACGAUGAGAGAAGCUCCGAAGAUAUUGAUGAGGACCCAUCAGAUAUGGACGAUAUUGAAAUUAUUGAUGAUUUGGAUUUGGUAUCGCAGACUGAAGGCGAGGAUGAUGACGAUGGCGAUGAUGACCACAACGAUGAAUCUGACGGUUCAUCUUUGGAUGAUGAUGAAGCGAGUGAAUAUGAUGAAGAUGAAUUGGAUGGUUGGAUCGAGCAAUUAGACGAUGGUGAAGAUUCAAGUGAUGAGGUGCAAAAUCGUAGAAGACCUCGAGAUCCCUUCACUUCGUUGAAUAAUAAUUCAAAUUCUGGUUUGAGGCAGCGAUUAUUUCUUGAUGGAGAGGCUGAUUUUUAUGAUGACAAUGUUAACGAAUCAGAUGGUGAAUUGAGUGAAAUUGACUCAAGACUGGAUUUUGAAGUUAGAAUGGUGACCCCUAGCAGAGGUGGAAGAAGGCGGGUUUUUGAUCAAGCUGAAUUUACUGAGUUGGAAAGAACUUCUCCAGCAUUGAGUGUAUUGCUUGAUGGAUUAUUCCGUGAUCGAAGUUUUGGAUCAAUUGAAAUAUCACGAAAUGAUCAUAUUAACCCUGAUGCAACUACAAUUGGUCGAUUAUUUGAGAAUAUGAUGCAGUUGGGCCGUGUUUCAAAGUAUUCUGAUCAAGAUAAUAAGUUUCACAUCAAGUCGACUGUAGAACGUUGGACAGAUGCUUUGAAAAUGUUUUAUCCCCGAGAUUGUGGUGAACUAGUCUUUUCGGUAACUGGUACAGUUGUUGAAAGAAUCAGAGAAGAGAGUAAAGCUAUUGCUGAUCGUAAAAAAGAGGAGCAGGAGAAGGCACAGAAAGAGCGAGAAGAAAAAAGACGUAAACAGUUAGAAGAAGAAGAAAAGAGACGUCAAGAGGAGGCUCGUCAACGUCAAGAGAGUGCAGCUAAUAUACCUGAAAGAGAACCUGUUAUGGUUAGAAUUGGGGAUAGAGAUGUCGACAUUAGUGGAACUGAAAUCGACCGAGAUUACAUUGAGGCAUUGCCCGAAGAUAUGAGAGAAGAGGUUUUUGCUCUGUACGUGCGAGAAAGAAGGGCAAAUGCCUCAUCCACAGAUGCAGAUGUCCGUGAAAUUGAUCCUGACUUUUUAGAUGCUUUGCCAGACAAUAUACGGGCAGAAAUUCUUCAACAGGAAACCAUGGCAAGACGAUUUGCAAAUUUUGAGUCGUCUUCUGCCCAAGAUGAGUUUGAACUUGAUGAUGCUGGUGAAGAUGACGCGUUCGAAGAUGCAGACAGCAAUGUGAGAGCAUCAGGUUCUAGACAUAGUAGUACUAUUACUGCUGCUGCUGCUGUUACUCGAGCUCAAAAGAAGUCUCCAGGUAAAGUUUACUUCAGUCCGUUGGUUGAUAAACAAGGAAUUGCUGCUUUGAUAAGGCUUUUGUUUUCUCCAUUGACAAUAAGCCAAAGAGAGCAUAUUUAUCAUGCAUUGCAAUACAUGUGUUAUAACAAACAAAGCAGGAUUGAAAUUAUGAGUUUGAUGAUUGCUAUAUUGAAUGAUUGUUUUACGAAUAAGCGCCCUGCUCAGAAAGUCUAUACCCAAGUUUGUAAUAAAGCAGGUGGGAACAAAGACAGCAAGCAGCAGUAUAAGCUACCAGUUGGUGCCACCCAAAUUUCUGUUGGUAUACAAAUUGUUGAAGCUGUUGAUUAUUUGUUAGAGCGCAAUAAUCAUUUGAAAUACUUUUUAUUAACAGAACAUGAAAAUAAUUUUAUUCUCAAAAAAGAUAAAAAGAGUGUUUCUAAAGAAUCAAGAUUCCCAAUUAACUAUAUGUUGAAAAUUCUUGAGAAUAAGUUGGUUACAGACGAUCAAACACUCUUGGACAUAUUGGCGAGAGUAUUUCAGGUUGCCAGUAGAGCGUUGCAUGCAAUAAAGAAUAAUCAGAAUACUGUUGAUAAUGAUAAGGAUAAGGAAGAAGAAAAGGAAAAGGAAAAAGAUAAGCCACAUGUUCCGCCUCCACCUGUCAUUCCAGACUCUAAUUAUCGACUUAUUAUUAAAAUUCUCACUGGUAACGACUGUUCUAACACAACAUUUAGAAGAACAAUAAGUGCAAUGCAGAAUUUCUCUGUAUUACCUAAUGCCCAAAAGCUUUUUUCGCUAGAGUUGUCAGAUAAAGCUAGUGAAUUAGGGCAAACCAUUAUUACUGAUUUGAAUAAUUUGACCAAAGAGUUGAUAGCUGGCGGGGGUUCUGACAGUAAGUCUUUUUCCAAAUUUAGUGCACAUUCGUCAGACCAAGCAAAAUUGUUGCGUAUCCUAACAGCUUUGGACUAUAUGUUUGAAAAUAAAGAGAAGACGAAAGAUCAAGGAAAGGAUGAUGAAAUUGAAGAAUUGACAGGGUUGUAUAAAAAGCUUGCUUUAGGCAGUCUCUGGGAUGCAUUAAGUGAGACCUUGAGAGUUUUGGAGGAGAAACCACAAUUGCAUAAUAUUGCAAAUGCCUUACUUCCCCUUAUUGAAGCUUUAAUGGUGGUUUGUAAACACAGUAAAGUGAGAGAGCUACCAAUCAAAGAUAUUUUGAAAUAUGAGGCCAAAAAGAUUGACUUUACCAAGGAACCAAUUGAGUCUCUAUUUUUUUCAUUCACAGAUGAACACAAGAAAAUUCUUAAUCAAAUGGUGAGAAGUAACCCCAAUUUGAUGAGUGGUCCAUUUGGAAUGCUAGUUAGAAAUCCACGUGUUUUGGAAUUUGAUAAUAAAAAGAAUUAUUUUGAUAGGAAUUUGCACCAAGACAAAAAAGAGAAUCGAAAAAUGUUGGUUAGCGUUCGACGUGAUCAAGUAUUUUUAGAUUCUUAUAGGUCCUUGUUUUUCAAGCCAAAAGAUGAGUUCAGAAAUUCAAAAUUGGAAAUUAAUUUCAAAGGUGAGCAAGGUAUUGAUGCUGGUGGUGUUACUAGAGAAUGGUAUCAGGUUUUAAGUCGACAAAUGUUUAAUCCUGACUAUGCGUUGUUUACUCCAGUUGUGUCUGAUGAAACCACUUUUCAUCCGAACAGGACCUCGUAUAUUAAUCCUGAACAUUUAUCUUUUUUCAAAUUCAUUGGACGUAUUAUCGGUAAGGCUAUUUAUGACAAUUGCUUUUUGGAUUGCCAUUUUUCGCGUGCUGUAUACAAGAGGAUAUUGGGUAAACCUCAAUCUUUGAAGGAUAUGGAGACUUUGGAUUUAGAGUAUUUCAAAUCAUUGAUGUGGAUGCUUGAAAAUGAUAUUACUGAUGUUAUCACUGAGGAUUUUUCAGUUGAAACAGAUGACUAUGGUGAACACAAGAUAAUUGACUUGAUUCCUAAUGGUAGAAAUAUUCCUGUUAUUGAAGAGAAUAAACACGAGUACGUUAAGAAAGUUGUCGAAUAUAGAUUGCAAACAUCUGUUGAGGAACAGAUGGAGAAUUUUUUAAUUGGGUUCCAUGAAAUUAUCCCCAAGGACUUGGUUGCCAUUUUCGAUGAAAAGGAAUUAGAGCUAUUGAUUUCUGGGUUACCUGACAUUGACGUAUCGGAUUGGCAGAAUCACACUACCUACAAUAAUUACUCUCCUCUGUCGCUUCAAAUACAAUGGUUCUGGAGAGCUGUUAAGUCCUUUGACAAUGAAGAAAGAGCUAGGUUGUUACAAUUUGCCACGGGAACUUCAAAGGUACCGUUGAAUGGAUUUAAGGAAUUAAGUGGUGCCAGUGGGACUUGUAAAUUCAGUAUUCAUCGAGACUAUGGUUCUACUGAUAGAUUGCCUUCAUCACAUACGUGUUUCAAUCAAAUCGAUCUACCUGCUUAUGAUAGUUAUGAAACUUUAAGAGGGUCUUUGUUAAUGGCCAUUACGGAGGGGCAUGAAGGUUUCGGACUAGCAUAG